CCUCACUCGACCAUCUCUCUUCAUACAAUCGCGUCCUUGAUUCCCGCGGUGCCAAUUCCAGCCAUCGUCGCGUUUUUGCACAAAGAGGUUGUGCAUAAGCGGGCUCUUGGGUCAUAGCGAGUCUUCAUCAUUAAUUGCAACGCGCGACCUGCCCAGACGGACAGCAGGCCGCCAAACACACAACCAACAACACCACCACCAUCUUUCCCAUAGGAGAAGCAGACCAGCACGAUGCAAAAGUCCCAAGUAUCUUCCAAGGAGAGUGAGAAGCAAGAGGCGGCCCAGCAGGCCGUCGACAUCCUGCACGAGAUCUCAACGAUCCUCAACUGCCACCUCGAUCGCCGCACCCUAUCCAUAUGUAUCUCUAUGAUCGAGAAUGGCGUCAACCCAGAGGCCUUGGCGAACGUCGUGCAGUUCAUGAGGAAAGAACUCCAAAAGUCACAGUUCGCCGCCAACGACUCCUCACGAGCAAACGAGGGCGGUAACGCCGGCAGCGGUGGUGGUAGGGCAGAGUGGAAGUAAUUUGGUAAUCGGGAGUGUUUUAUGGUCUCAUGCGACACUUUCAAGGCCACACUGCCUGGCAUGCUGGUUAUGAUGAGCUUCGUCUUUGGCGCCCCCUUCUCUCGAUUCGUGGUUUGUUUCAUGUCAGGCGGGCGUUAUCCAGGUGUUCUUUGGUGGCCAGGCUUAGUAUGUGUCAUGUAGGUUCCUGCCUUGGUUUUCGCUUAGUGUAGUCGAUCUGAGAUGCAAUUUUCUUCACAAUGGCAAAACUGCAAGCC